AUGUCGAACACUGUACAGAUAUAUGUCUAUGAUUUAAGCAAUGGACUCUCACGACAAUUGUCCCGGCAACUUACAGGGAAGCAGCUAGACGGAAUAUGGCAUACCUCUGUGGUAGUAUUUGGGCGGGAGAUAUUCUACGGUCAAGGUAUCUUAGAAGCUAGCCCAGGGAAAUCUCAUCAUGGAAAACCUCUCCAGAUCGUGGACAUGGGAGAGACAGCUAUAGACGAAGACACGUUCAAUGAGUACUUGGUGGAAAUGCGACAGCACUACACGGCAGAUAAAGAACCAACAUCUGUCCCUUUUGUGACUUACAAAGUCUUUGCAGAAUUCAACUGCAACUCCUUUACAAACGACUGCGUCGGAUUUCUGACAGGUGGAUCAAUACCGGCUUGGAUAAAAGAUCUACCUUCAGAUUUUCUCUCAACUCCAUUUGGUGCUGCAUUGAGGCCGACAAUAGACGCUAUGUUCCGCCGUCCGGUUCCGGGUCAAGCACCUACUGCACCCAUUUUACAGCCAUCGCCAGAAACUACAGCUGCUGCGAUCUCCGCCUCGCCCAAUCCAGGCCUUGCCGCCUCCCUUCUACAGUCGGUGACCUCACAGGCGUUCUUACCCACGUCAUCUGAUACGUCUGCAUCCACUUCUUCGUUGACCGCGCCUCCUUCAGUCUCUACUUCCACUGUUUCCGCGCCCAUCCACAUUUGCACUAAUCCCUCUUCGCUCCAUGCACUGCUCCGCUCACAUCGCGCCGUUGUCGUAUUUUUCACCAGCGCAACUUGCGGUCCAUGCCGUAUGAUUGAACCUGCGUUUGAAGACUUAGCGUACUCAAAGACACAUGGUAGUCAGCAAGAUCGAAUCGCGUUCGUUAAGGUGGACAUGGCUGUUGGUCUUGGUGGGCAAGUUGGGGCUGAAUAUAAUAUCCGUGCUACACCGACGUUCACGUUCUUCUUGGAUGAGAAGAAGGUGCAUGAGUUAAAAGGCGUGAAUGUCACCGAGCUCCGCACGCAAGUAGACUUACUCUUGUAUCAUGCCUUCCCUCCGCACACGCACGCUUCGCUUUCAUUACCUUCAGUUGAAUCGAUCUCUACAAAUCCGAUCCUCUUUACGCAGAGGCCCACUAUCAAUAAUAUUAUCACAAAGCUCGACGAAUUCAUUACUUCGGCUUCUCCAUCGCCUGCGACAAUCGCUGCCAAGGACACGUUGGCCCACUCCUUCCCGCUCUAUCUCGGGGCACGAUUUCCUGCCGCAGAUAGCAAGGCUGCACCGCCAAAGAAUAUGAACGCGGGCGCUCACCUGUUACAGACAUGGGCAGAUGCGACAUGCAGUAUCGCGAAGACUUUACCAGCCGCAAAAGUUUUCCCACUCGUGGAUCUCUGGCGACUAGCCGUCCUAGAUGAUUCCAUUGGGUCUUGGUGCGCAACUGCGAGCUCCUUCACCAACCCCGUGGAAAUAUUUCUUGGCAAAGCCGUCCAGGCCCUCGAUGAAUCGCAGGCUGAUGCGCGAAACUGCGUUCUGGUCACUUUGCGGCUGCUCUCAAAUACGUUCGCUACAACCACACUAGCAAAGAGCUUGCUGUCACUGUCGGGGGGGCGCUCAGAAAUAACAAGAAUGCUAGUAUCUAGUCUUCUACAUAAGGAUGCAGCGGUGCGCACCGCCGCGGCGAGCUUGGCGUUUAAUGUCGCUGCGUUCCUGCAGAAGGGUCGAGUAGACAAGUUGAGGGGCGUAGGCGGUGAAAUUGAGGAAGACGGUGACUGGGAGACCGAGCUGGUGAGUGCGGUUCUCGAGGCGAUCUCGAAUGAGGUGCAAAGCGAGGAAGCCGUGCACCGAUUGACAGCCGCAUUGGCAUUCUUUUUACGCUUGUCGCCCGCGUACGAGACUCAACUCGUGCCGUUGCUCGAGGUUCUUCAGGCGCGUCAGACGCUCGAAGGUAAGUUGCUCAAAGGUGGAUGCGGGGAGGAAGGCGUGCAGAAGAAAGAAGUGAGGAAGUUAAUUGAGGAAGUGGCGCGGAAGUUAUGUACUUAG